CCUCCUCCGCCCUCCGCCCCCCCUUCCCCUUCCCCUCCCCACCCGGGAGGAGAGGCACGGAGUGACCGACGGAGCCACCGCUCCGGCCGCUCCGACACCCCGCUCUCCUCCAUGGGGCACAGGUAAGCGCGCCGCCCCCCGCCCCCCGGGGCGAGCGGGGGUCGCCAUGGCCGCCCCCCCACCCCUUGAGGGGCGGCGGGGAGCCCCAUCCGCUGCUCCCGCACCGCCGCGCCGGUGCUAUCCCCGUUAUUAUCCCCCUUAUUAUCUCCGUUUUUAUCCCUAUCCCCGCUUUGAUCCCCGUUUUGAUCCCCGUUAUUCCCCCCUGCCCGCCCGCCGCGGGGGCAGCGCGGCCGGUCGCGCCCUGCCCGCCGAGGGGGGCACGGAGCCUUCUUUGGGACGCGAUGUCCUAUUUGGUGUGGGUGGAUGGCUUAACUUGCUGGUAAUUUCUGCUGCGUCAACACCCAGCUCAAGGGAGAGGAGAAGAGACAAGGGGGCAUUUUAACAGCAGCUCCACUUGCGGAUAGCCAGCCUCAAUCCCGGCUCCAGCAUUAAAACCCUUUCCACCCCCUAAAAACCAGCAUCCGUGCAAGUUGGACCAAGAGUUUGUCAGGAGUGUGGUUCAAAACUGCUUGGAAAAAGGGAUGAGGACAUCUGAUGAACCUUCUGGAGCUUCUUACCAGAGACCAUUCUCCUGUCUUCAUUGAAACAUGCACUGUCCAGCUGUGAAACAUUGCAAGGUUUAUUUUUGCUAACAGGAAACACUUUCAAGUAUCGUUCUGUCUUUCUCCUACAAGAGUUCCCACCAGUGCUGUCAGAAAGUCACAAACAGUGCACUGCCUGUGCUGCCCUGGGGCUGUUGAUGUCCUCAGCUGUUGUAGGAGAAACACUAGACCUGGAACCCAGUUUGUUACUGGACUUGUGGAAGAGGAAGCAUAAAGAUCUCCAAAUGAAUAACCGAAAGGAAGAUAUGGAAAUUGCUUCCCACUACCGUCACCUGCUGCGGGAGCUGAACGAGCAGAGGCAGCACGGGAUCCUGUGCGACGUCUGCAUCAUCGUGGAGGGCAAGAUCUUCAAGGCUCACAAAAACGUCCUCCUGGGGAGCAGCCGCUACUUCAAAACCCUCUACUGCCAGGUGCAGAAAACCUCUGACCAGGCCACAGUCACCCACCUGGACAUUGUCACUGCCCAGGGCUUUAAGGCAAUCAUUGACUUCAUGUACUCCGCACACCUGGCGCUGACCAGCAGGAACGUCAUCGAGGUGAUGUCGGCUGCCAGCUACCUGCAGAUGACAGACAUCGUGCAGGCCUGCCACAACUUCAUCAAAGCAGCUCUGGACAUCAGCAUCAAGUCUGAUGCCUCAGAGGACCUCGUGGAUUAUGAGCUGGGAGCCCCUUCCAGCAGCAGCACGGACGCUCUGAUCUCGGCAGUGGUGGCUGGCAGGAGUAUAUCCCCCUGGUUAGCUCGGAGAACAAGCCCAGCAAACUCCUCUGGGGACUCAGCCAUCGCCAGCUGCCACGAGGGAGGGAGUAGUUAUGGGAAAGAGGAUCAAGAACCAAAACCAGACAGCCACGAAGACAUUUCGUCCCAGUCUCUCUGGGCUAGUGACAUGGGCUAUGGGUCUUUGCGGAUCAAAGAGGAGCAGGUGUCACCGUCCCAUUACGGAGGGGGCGAGCUGCAUUCUGCCAAGGAUAGUGCAAUACAGAGUGGGUUCUCAGAGCAAGGAGUGGGGGAUGGCUGGCAGCCCACGGGCCGCAGGAAGAACAGGAAAAACAAAGAAACUGUGAGACAUAUUACGCAGCAAGUGGAGGAUGACAGCAGGGCAAAUUCUCCUGUGCUGCCCCUUUUGCCUGCUUCAGGAUGGCCCUACAGCAGUCGAGACCCAAGCGCGGAGGCGGCCGGGACGGAGCCCAGCAGCUCGGACAGCAGGGCGGAGCGGCCGGAGCCCUUCGGCAGCGUGGAGGAGGCGCUGCUGGCCGGGGAGCCCAGCUACAUCCCGCAGCCCCUGACCCCCGACAAGGAGGAUGCGCUGCAGGCCGCCACCGUGGCCAACCUGCGCGCGGCUCUGAUGAGCAAGAACAGCUUGCUGUCGCUGAAAGCCGACAUGCUGGGCGAGGACAGCUCGCUGCUCUUCGAGUACCUCCCCAAAGGCACGCACUCGCUCUCCCGGCCUGGCACCAACUCGAAUCCUUCAAGGGGUGAAAGUGAUGGCAAAGUGGAAGCACCAUCUCCCCCGCUGCCUUCAGCACACCUUGCCACUCAGAGCCCCCCUGGGAUCUGCUCUUCUGGUCACAUGUCACCAGAAUCUGCGAUAAAAGGAGAGGUGCCUUCCUCAACCCAGGCCGCCUAUGACAGAUUGCUGGCACUUUGGCAGUUUGAUAACUCUGACUCAGAUUCGAGUUUCCCAAGGUCUGAAGACAUGGACAUCACCGAUGGCACCUUCCUGGAUUCAGCCCUGGCCAAGAGGCUGCCCUGUGGCUUCUGCAGGAGGGUGUUCCAGUGUGCAGAGGAGCUGAAGGAGCACAUCCACGAGCACAGCUCCUCCACGCUGCUCCCACCCGGCCGCUUCCAGUGCUCCAAGUGCCCCGCCAGCUUCACUCUGAAAUCCAACAUGGAGCGCCACGAGAAGACCGUCCACUUGCACUUCAAUGAGUUCACAGUCAUCAGGAAGAAGUUCAAGUGCCCGUACUGCAGCUUCUCAGCCAUGCACCAGUGCAUCCUGAAGAGACACAUGCGCUCGCACACGGGGGAGAGGCCCUAUCCCUGCGAGAUCUGCGGCAAGAAGUUCACGCGCCGCGAGCACAUGAAGCGCCACACCCUGGUCCACAGCAAAGAUAAAAAAUACGUCUGCAAGGUUUGCAACCGGGUGUUCAUGUCGGCAGCCAGCGUGGGGAUCAAGCACGGCUCGCGCCGGCACGGCGUCUGCGCCGACUGCUCCGGCCGCGGCAUCGCCGGCCACCUGGACCACAACGGCGGGGAGGGCUCCCCCGAGGAGUGCUACCCGGGGGAGGGGCAGUACAUGGAAGACCCAGAUGACAUCAAAGUGGAAGGAGACGAGGAGAUGGGAGACGACGACGACAUCAAGUGGAAGGAUGACGUGGGGAUGUCACAGGAUGAUGUGAUUUUAGAUGAUGACAAAGAUGUCGACUCCCCGCAGGAGCAGGACAACUCUGGGGAGAACGACAAGGAUUUUACCUGGAUUUCUUAGGGAUUAUUUUUUGUUGUUGUUUUUUGGGUUGUUUUUUUUUUUUUUUUUUUGUUUCGCUCUGUUGUUUGUAGGGGAAGGGAGGGUGGGGAGGAAGGAGUAUGUUGGAAAAACUAAGUAGCCUUGUUGUGUCCAUGUGUGCAAAAUAACUCUUGUGUUUUCUAAACAAGUCCUUCUCUGUUCCACUCAGACACUGUCUUAGCAGGGUCGCUUCCAGCGGCACGACUGACUUCGCCUUCCCCCUUUUCCCCCUGUGACCCCCUGCCCAUGGCCACCCCUUUGGCCAAGCCAGCCAGGCUGCCCAGGAGGGAGGUGGAGUCUCUGCAGGAGUGAGGAGGCUGCUGAGGCAUGAAUCCUCCUCCCCUUCCUACUCCAAACCUAAGCACCAGGGAGGUCUUUGUGUCCAAAGCAGGUUUGUUGGUUGCUGGGGUUUUUUUUACACCUUGUCUGUGCUAAAAUCCCAGCAGUAGUGGAAUUUCAAGCUAAGGUUGUGAAAGCAGAUGGAUGGAUGUGUUGGAGGGCUUCCCCUGAUGAUACAGGCCUUUUGCAAAGUUAUUUCAAGAGUUUUAAUUAUUUUUUAUGGAGCCAAAUAGAUCAAAAGGCAAGUCAGAUUACAGCCUUACAAAUACUUCUCUUGGAUUCUUAGCUUCCAAAAGAAUUACCAUCAAAGACAGAUUGUGACUUUUUUUGGACCUACUGGCAUCUUACCCAUGUCCUGUCUUCCAGCCUUGGUCAUCCACAGGCACUGAAAUGCAUUUGUCUUUCUGGAAGCACCUUUUGCUCUAGAGGACACAGUUCUGUCCCUGUCAUUCUUCACAAAUAUCUUCACUUUUCUCCCUUUGCUCAGCUGCCUUCUUCACAAAUAUAUGCAAACUGUAGCAAAACUGAGGCAUUUGGCCAAGUGCAGGAUGAGCUGGGAAAGGUGAGGAGAUCCCAGCAGGGUGGAAUCUUGCUGCUCCCGUCCCAUGGACAUUUGUGGGGCCAGGAUUUCACCUGGGUACCUUGUUCUUCCUUGCCAAUCUCAGCAUUCUCAUUGAUCAUGGGUAGGUCUACCACCUGCUUAAUUCAUGACAAAAACUUUCAGCUUGAGUUGCACUGGUUCCUUGUAAAUUUUCUAAUAAACCAUUUUUUCUUUCAAUAAGAACCAGAUUUCUCUCCCAGUGUCUCCUCAGACUCUCUGGGCUGUUCCAGAUAGUUGGAUUCUCCCUGUUCAUAUUGGCCACUGUUGCCUUCUUCCAGCUACACCUAAAUAACAACAGCAACAGCAUGUGUUGGAAUUGUCUUAUUCCUGAGAAACAGCUUGUUCUACCUUCACCUCUUUGCUUCUGGUGCUUUUUAAAAUAAAUUUAAAAAAAAAAAAAAAAUCUGAAGACCUCACUCCAUCUUUGCCAUUGAGCAAUUUUCUACAGUGUCUGUGACUGUGGUACCUUGAAACCUGCCACGAAAGACAACCCAUUGCAGAAGCCAAAUGACUCAAGGUGCUAUUUUCCUUCCUGCAGGCCUGGUGGUCCGUGAGGAAAAGCGUGAUUCCGCCCAGCAAAGCAAUUAAAAGUAUAUUGUCCAAUAAACCCCCAUAAAGCAAAUAAUCUGAAAGGAUUUAAGCCACUUGGUGCCAGGAUUUCGUGGUGGGAGCCUCGAUCCUGGCACCUGCAGGAGCUGGUUUCUCCCUCCAUUCCCUUCUUCCAGUUGCACCCUGGGUUUAUGAUGUUCACUCCCUUUCUGUGCUCCUCAGUUCCUUGCAGGCAUUCACCUCCCUGGUUCAGCAUUGCUUCCACUGGGAGCCUCCAGGCUCCAGCUCCAUCAGUUUGGGUGUGCUCAAUGAUGUGGGAACACAAGUCUUUCCUAAAAUCCUCUGUGGCUCAGUGGGGCCACAGCAGCACUGCUGCUGCUGCCCCAUGGACUGGAGGAGUCUUUGUUGCUUUAGGCAGUGAGCAUGGACAACCCUCUUCCUUGAGCGAGUCAUGCAGGAACUUUUUUCUUAACUUGUAAAGAUCUCAUUUUACCUUUUAGCUUCUUUUCCUUCUCCUCCCCUAUUUAAAAAGCUGUAAAAACCCACCCAGUGUGUCACAGUGAGACUUUUAUAUACCCUUUUCCAGUGGUUUUGGGGGUCCCAGAGUGAGGAGGCUGUUCCCUUAUCCUGAUUUUGGCCCCCCCUGGAGUGUGGGCUCUGUAUUUAUUGUCAUUUACCCUGUAAAUAUGGAGGGGUUAGGGGGUGCCUGAAGUCCUGAAUGUGCAGCCUCACCUGUUGCAUGUAGACAAAUACAUACAGUACUUAAAGAUUUAUCUUUAGCUUUGCUUUUUAUAUGUUAAAAUCUAUUUAAAAGAGAAUUUUAAAGCCCAAACAGUUCAAACUCCUGGGUUUGUGUCACAUUCCGAUAGCCCAUCCUCUGCUGGUGUGUGUAUCCACCUUCUGAGGAGAAGCAGGUGUGGGCCAAGCCCUCCUCUUCCUCCCUGCCCUUGGGUGACUCAGUUUUAUCAUCAGAGUUACAGAGUGCUGAGCUUUCUUCACAAUUCCCUUGGAAAUACUUUAUUAUUUUCUUUCCUUAUUUUUAUUAAAGGUGGGCAGAGAGCCAGGUAGUUCUCAGGAGUGUUUCCAAAUUGUGUCACUUUGAGGCUCUUCGAACUGAGGAUGCAAAAAACAAAGAAAAAAAACAAAAGGAGAGAAAAAUGGAAAAUCCACAUAAAAGCUAACUUUUCCCAUGUCACAACCUCGCACGUGCUUCUGUCCCACUAACACACACCAUGUACCAAAUAAAACCCUUCCAACACCUGCUGUCUAUUGAAGUGCUUUGUUCUGAUGGAGGUGUGCAGAGUUGGAAUUGCAGGGAUUCAUCUUUAACCUUCCACGCUCCGACUUGGGUUGGAAAAAAACCGAAUUUGGGUGUGUUUUUUAUGCUGAAACUUUAUAAACUUCAUCAGUCACUCCAGGUGAUCGCAUCCCUCCAGCUUCUCUCCGGGGUCUCUCGGAUAUACUGCCUAUGCAAUCUUCUGCUCUUGGAGAUUUAAACAAAACCCCACUAAUUCUGCCUGUUCUGCAUCUUGUCUUUGUAUUUCCCUUCAGGGCUUUGUAUACUUCACUGAGGUUCCCUUUUUUUAAUUUUUUCUAAAUAUAUAUAUAUGUGUGUAUAUAUAUACAGACUUAGUUCCAAAACAAUAGUUUCCUUAGAGGUAAAACAUGGGUAUGCUCCAUAUUGAGAACUUGCAACUCAUUUUUUAAAAAGCAUUUGUACAUAUAAAUGUUCCUCCUUGAAUUCCUUGAUUACCCUCAUUUUUUUUUUAUUUUAAAUCUGAGUGCCAGGAGUAGAGAGCGGGAUGGGGCAGAGGACACCGUCCUGCCUGUGCCCUCUGGAAAACAUCCCAGGGAUCCAUGGACUUAGAAAACAUCUUAAAGGAUGGAGACAAACGAGGUCCUUGUGUUGAUUUGAGAUUCCCAAAAAUAUUCUUGAAAUCAUGACUUCCCAGUUUUGUGGUUUUUAAGGUCACCCCGAAGCCCCACAGCCGCGGAGCGGCUUUGCAGGGAGGCAGAGGGGGACGUCUCUAAUGAACGUUUGCAAAGUGAUUGUCCUUUCCCUUUUUUUACUUUUUCUUUAAUCAAAAAUCAGUUUUUUGGACAACAAAAUGAGUAAUUUCUGUCUGGAAGGAAACUCACUCCAGCAUUCCUUCCCCUUUUGUUUCCUCUCCCCACUCCUGCCUUUAAACACUCUGCCUCACCAAAGCAAAGCUGUGGCUUUGGGGUGGUGGCUGCGUUUUGGGACUGUCCCUGAGCUCCCUCCCCUCAAAGCUCCCCCUUUUGCACAUCACCCUCGAGGAAAGAAACUCCAUGAAAACAAUGCAAAAACUGGAAUUUUUUGUAAUAUUUUGAAAGAUAAUCUAAUUUUUGCUCAUUCUGUGACACGUGCGACUCCUACAAAAGCCAUAAUUAAUGGUUCCUUUGAUUUUGUAGAUCCUGAGUCGUGUUUUGAAUUUCAGCUUUUUUUUUUUCGUCCCCCUAGUCAGAGUGCUGUGUGUAUGCUUUCAUAUAUAUUUAUUUUUCAACGUGCUUUAAAUCUGUCUACAAAAAUAAAGCUGAACAAACACAAAAAGGACGGUGUUUGAAGAUUGUUGAUUUUUUUUUUUUGCUGGGAAUAUUCUAUAUUAUACUGACUUUAUAUUAAUUAUUAUAAACCUGUGUUUGUAUUGAAGAUGUGUUUAAUAUUUUGGGGAGGUUGAGGAGAUUUCGUAACCAGAAGUCAGUGGGAGAACAUGCUGUGUUGUACUGAUUUUCUGUCGAUGUAGUUCAGGUAAAUCUGAUUUUAUUUUCUAGUUGCUGCCCAGUUCCUCGCCUGCUGGGGGCUGCCCCUCAGAUAGAACCUUUGUGAUGGGAUUUAGCUUAGACAUACCUGCAAAAAUCAAUCAGUUUCAAUAAAUUGGGAAAUUGCUGCUACAA